AUUGUUAAUCCAUCUAAGGAAAUAAAAAAACCCAUUUUCGCUCUAGAGAAUCCAAGCGAAAGCAAAAGCAUCACGAUUAACUCAAAAGCCGAAAGGCUGAUGAGGAGGAUGACCAUGGUGGCCACUGUCACUGCUCCCUAUUUCCUCUUGACUGCUGAUUACGGCUCCGAGCCCAACGCUCUCGACCCUUUCACUGAUGUUGAAACGAUGGUUUCUCCAACAAUUUUUGCCGACCGUAGUUUGUCUUAUCUUAUGAGUAACAAGCCUCAGGAAGCUCUCAACAAUGCAAUGCAAGCACAAGCCCUAGACCUGAUUCAAGAUAGAAAUCUUCAGAUGCUGACAGAUUCUUGCUUGGAAGGACACCUUUCUAGUGAUGAUGGUACUGAGUUGGCACGCUUGGCUUCACAAUGUUUACAAUCUGAACCCUGAGAGCAACCAAAUCCAAAGUCAUUAGUUGCUUCUUUGACUCCUCUUCAGAAAGAAACUGAGGUU